AUGGGGCGGCAGCGGCCGCGGCGGAGCGCAGGGCCGGCGGGGCCGGCGGGGCGGGGGGCGGCAUGGCGGGGCGCUGAGGCGGCGCGGCGGCGGCGAGGGGCGCGCCCCGGCAUGGGCAGCCGCGGGGCCCGGCGAUGAGCGCUCCCCCGGCCGCUCCCGCUCCCCCCCGCGCGAAUAUGGGCACAGCCGUGUCCAAAAGGAAGACGCUGAGGAACGAGGCCAUGUCGUCCGUGGCGGCCAAAGUGAGAGCGGCGAGGGCUUUCGGAGAAUAUCUUUCACAAAACCAUCCCGAAGGCAGAAACGGCUCAGAUCACCUGUUAGCAGACUCCUACAUCGGGCAGGAGGACUCCCCCGAGCUGCAGCAGGCGGCGCAGAACAAGCGCAGGCUCUCGGUCAUCUCGGACGGCAAGUUUGAGAGGAGCUUUGAGGAGCAGGCGGAGAAGAUCCCGAGCGAGGCAGCCAAGCCCCGGGUGUACACGAUCUCCGGCGAGAGGCCGAUGCUGUCGGAGCACGAGAACGGCAGCAUGGAGCUGGUGGUGAUGAAGGGGGCUGCCCAGGACGAGUGUCACCACGGCCACCACGGGCACGGCGCCGGCGGCUCCCACGGCGUCAGCAGGCACUGCAAGGCCUGGCCAGGCAGCCGCCAGGGCUCCAAGGAGUGCCCAAACUGCACCCGCCUGGCUGCCCCUUCCCAGCAAUCCUUUGACCUGGAGCAGCAUCCGCCCAGCGAGACUGGGUGGCACAGGAAGAGGCUGGAGAGGAUGUACAGUGUCGACAGAGUGUCUGAUGAUGUCCCCAUACGAACCUGGUUCCCAAAGGAGAACCUCUUCAGUUUUCACACCGCCACUACAACUAUGCAAGCCAUCUCGGCGUUCAGGGGCUACGCAGAGAGGAAGAGACGGAAACGGGAGAAUGAUUCCGCAGCUCUUAUCCAGAGGAAUUUUCGGAAGCACCUCCGCAUGGUGGGGAGCCGAAGGGUUAAAGCACAAACCUUUGCCGAACGGCGUGAGAGGAGCUUCAGCAGGUCCUGGAGUGACCCGACUCCCAUCAAAGCUGAUUCCUUCCAUGACUCUCGAGAAAGCCAUGACCUUCAGGAUUCCUGCGGCACUCUGGAGGGUGACUUCGACUUGAACUGGGAAGCAGAAAAGGAACUUGAAGCCAUGGCAUGUGACGGAGAAGACUUUAUUCCACCAAAAAUAAUGCUCAUUUCUUCCAAGGUGCCCAAAGCAGAGUAUGUCCCAACCAUUAUCCGCAGGGACGACCCCUCCAUCAUCCCCAUCCUCUAUGACCAUGAACAUGCCACCUUUGAUGACAUCUUAGAGGAAAUAGAGAAGAAACUUAACAUUUAUCGCAAAGGCUGCAAAAUCUGGAAGAUGCUGAUAUUUUGCCAGGGAGGUCCCGGGCACUUAUACCUGUUAAAGAACAAAGUCGCCACUUUUGCCAAAGUGGAGAAGGAGGAAGAUCUGAUCCUCUUCUGGAAGAGGUUGAGCCGGCUGAUGAGUAAAAUCAAUCCUGAACCAAAUAUCAUCCACAUCAUGGGCUGCUAUGUUCUUGGAAACCCCAAUGGGGAGAAGCUAUUUCAGAAUCUGAAAAACUUAAUGAAUCCUUAUAGGGUUGCCUUUGAGUCUCCACUUGAACUAUCAGCUCAAGGUAAGCAAAUGAUCGAGACUUACUUUGACUUCCGCCUUUACCGCCUCUGGAAGACCCGCCAGCACUCGAAACUAUUGGAUUACGAUGACAUUUUAUGAGCUGGAGAAGACUUUGCAAGAGGAAGCUCAUCACCAGUGUCCAAGAAGUCAUGCUUAUUGCAGAGAGACUUUUUUAUUGGCACAGGGAGCCCUUCAGAGCCCCACGGGAGCAGCAGUGCUAAAGGCAGGGGAGGAGGAGCCCUCGGAAGCGUGUCCAAGGAAAGUCUCCUGGGUCAAGAGAGACUGGAGGGAAAGGGGGUGACCCUGGCUGGCCCCAGUCCGAGCCCUGGGGUCUCAGGAGGAGCUGUGUGCAACGAGGACAGGAUGGAGUUCCUGGCAGAACUGAGCUGUUUUGGGUCAGAAUGGGCCAGAUUUGAUUCCAGGUCCUUUUAAAGACUUUUGAAGCUCAGGUUUUCUUACAAAAAAAAAUAUAAACCCAGUUACCCAUGCACUACGAUGGAGAAGUCACCAGAGCACAGAGGGAGGAGGGGGUUGUACUGCUGGGACCUUCUGUGCUGAGGAUCUCGGAGAGCAAGGACUGCUACACCUACUCCUGCAAGCUUAGAGCAAGACAACCCAGUUUCCAUGUGAAUAUAUACUGGGAUAUAGAAUUGAAAUCUUCUUUUUUUUGUUUUGUUUUGUUUAAUAGAAAAUAAGUGCAAUUUUUAUAGCAAAGGGUGGGGGUAAAAAUCCCUCUCAAUAUUUAAUUAGUUAAAAAAUAACACACCAUAACCAAUAGAUGAGGUAUUUCUGGUCUGCUUGAAAAUAUAUUCAGAUUGGUAAUAUAUCUUCUGUAGACAUAUUUAAUCACCAGCAAACAUGGUUUUAACAUAACUUGGCAGACCCUGCAUGUCUGCUGCAUUGGUUUGGUCCCUUCCUUUCAGAGUAGCUGUGUUGCACUAACUGUACCUGCUCUCACGAAUGUAUAGUUCUCCUCCAAUUAGCCACAACUUUAUUACUUUCUAUUUUGCUGCUUGCAAAACUAUGGGACUUUAGUUUUGCUGAAAUACUUUAGGUUAGGAAUAUGGGGCCUGGCUGGGGAAACCUCUGUCAGGCCCUCUGUGGUAUAAAAAUGAAUUAGAAAUUAAUAGCCAUGGUAAUUACCUGUUCCUGCCAGUGCUUUGCUGUGUGUUGGGAGAUGAGCUCCCUUCCCGACCUGCCACGAGGAGCAGCUGUUGGGACCCCUCUGAGGGGACUGUGCACUGAGGCAUUUGGGAGAAAUGCUUCUGGAGGAACAGGUUUGGAGCAUGAGUUUGAAUCUUCCCUGUGUUCACUUGAUUGCCAGUUGUUUGUGCAUAAAACACCUCUUUUUCCUUGCUGAAAGACCUGUUUCUUGGUCUGAGCUGUUCCCUUCCCUUCCUGAGCAGGACAGAGAAAACCCCAAGCUCUGUCAGACCUGAGAACCCAGGUCUUGAUAUUUGAUGAUACAUUUUGGAAUCUGUUUACUUUUUGUUUGGUCAGGUCAAGGGGUGCUUUUUGUUUUGGGAAGGGCUUUUUUUUCACAUUUUACUGUCCUUUCAGAGGAUAAAUAGUACUUAGAGUCUGUAGGUCACUGGCAAUUCUGGGAGGUGACACAAAUUACUUCUUUUACAAGCAAAAGAAGUAACAGGGAAGGAUUACCUUGUUUUCCUGAUUUCCUGUUAUCUAAAAUUAGUUGAUUGUGAAGUGAAGGAAACUAUAUGUAUAAAUCUUCUUUUAACUACUUACAAAAAGAACUACUUGUUCUGAUCUGUAGAGUCCUCCUCCCCCUGUGGUUGUGAUUUUGGGGAGCAGGUCCCUGGCUAGAACUGCUGAACCCUUUACAUUUAUGGCAGUUCUAUAGCAAAACUAUUUUGAAGAAACAAUGUACAUACACGUAAGGAGAGGAAUAAGUGGAGAGGGAUGGUUUAAAGUUGUUGAAAGCCACAUACUGAACCAAAGAGGUGUGGGCUGUUGCCUCCCCCUGGUUGGGAGCUCUUGGGAGCUGCCCUGACCUCGGGAGCUUUGGGAGCCACAUCUCAUCCCUGGACUCAGGUUUGCCAGACUUGGAGUGAAGGGAAGAACAGGCACCAGUCUGUAGCUUUUGGAAGGAAAUGCCAGAUGUAAAAAAAAAAAAAAACAAAAAAAAAACCACCAAAAUUUAUGCCAAUUACUAUUUAAUGUUGUGGCUCCCACCAGCUCUGAGGUGAGAGGUGGGAGCCAGAGGUGCAAUGGAAGCACAAAGUCACGUUAUCUGGAGAAGGAAAUGGUUGUGGGAGGAUUAAAAUGCUGACGCAGAACUCUCUCCUUUUCUGACCCUUUCACCUCCUAACUGGAGACAGACAAACUGUUCUUCCUUUCUCUUUCCUGAAGUGAAAUCCCAAUUCAGUGAACUUGGUAGCAUGAAUGUAGCAUUGUGGAACUAUUGAAAAUCUUAUUUAACCCCAAAAGGGCCCGUUUCUGUAUCCACUGGAGUGAUUUCUCUGUAGAACUGUUGUAUAUCCUCACUGACCACUUGUAGAACUUGGGGUGCAAAGUAGAAGGUAGAUUGUACAGUGACUCCUGUGGGAAGAUGUGUGUUGGAAUGGACACUGUGGACUGUUUUCCUGGUGCAGUUUAUAGGAUAAUGAGAACUGAUGAAUGCAUUUCCCUCCAAAGAUCUAUAUUCCUCAUAUAGUUUGUGAUGUUUAUGACAUGAGCAUAUUAUUUCCUUUGUAGCCUUCAUUUGCCUAAAGGGAGGAAAUAUUCUCAGAGCUGUGACUGGAACAGAGUUGUGGUGUUUGACAUCCUGUGUGGAGCAGCAUCGUUGGAAUUAACCAGUGGUGACAGAGGAAAACACAUUUCUUGCCCUUUUUCACCGAUUGAGCUUUUCAGGUUGCUGCUGGGAAAGGAAGGGGUCAGCAGAGGAAAAUAAAAAUUGUCAUUAUUUAAACUUUAGAGGUAAAAAUAGAGCCUGGAACUUCCUCAGUGGGACCAGCCUGUAAAGAAUGAUGAGCUGUGGGUGUGUGCUCGCUGCCAGCGCCCGGCACAGCCCCAGCCAGGCCAUCUCUGAGGCCCAGCACUGCUUCCUUGUGUGCUCCUGCAGCAUCUCCCUGGGGAUGCCAGGGCCAGGGCAGUGCCCACAGGCACAGCUCCCUGUGCAUCCCUGCGUUAUCUCCCCUGGGAUGCCAAGGCCAGGGCACAGCUCCCUGCAGUGCCUGCCUGGGGCAGCUGUGGCUGCUGGGCACACAGGACAAUUUGUCAUCAUUCCACUUCCACCAGCUCCUCCCAGCCCUCAACAGCUCAGCCUGCUCUCGGGGUGUGUCUGAAACCAGUUGUGCUGGCAGUAAAUGCUGUGAGCUGUGGCUUGGUCCUGCCCCUGUGCUCUGUCAGGGCAUCCACUGCCCUGUCCCACUGUUACACUCAAUCCCUCCCCAAGGAACUGCUGCUGCAGCUCCUGUGUGCUCUGGAAUUGCAUUUCCCAGGGGCAGGAGAGCCCUGGUUACCCCUGGAGGGAGGCAGAUGGACCCGGGAUGGCUGAAUUGGGUUCCAGCCCUGGCUGUUCACCAGCCAACAGUGGAGGUUUGUGCUGCCCUUGCUGUGAGGCAGAAUUGGAUGUGACCUCCAGCCCCUUGUGUGGAUAAAUGUGUUAUGGCCUGGGCUGGCAGUGUCACCUCCAGGAGGGGAGAAGGGUGGCAGGAGGGGCUCAGCCUGGCUCACCUGCUGGGAGUGGCCCCACCAUGUCCUCUGGUGCCUGCAGGGAAAUGUUCACUGAGCUGUAAAGGCCUGGGGGGAUCAUUGUCUUCUUGGAUGUGGCACUUGUCCUGUACAGGGGUUUUCCUCUUGUUUGGCUGGGAAGGAAAGGGAAGAAGAAAAUUCAAGUUACCUGAGGGAUAUAGGAACAGGUAGAAAACUGAGAUAAAGCUUUUUUUACCUUUCCUUGUGCUGCAGCCACCAGCUUCCCUUUGCAGCUGACCUCCAGGCCUGGGGUGGGAAACAGAUGAACUCCCAAAUAAUCCCUUCCUGUGUUGAAAAAAAACCAAACGGAAAAGUCCUUGUAGCUCCAGCAAAACAUCUGACUGCAAAAGGCCCCCAGGCAGCUCAUCGUGCCUGUGUGAGGACUCUGCUCUGUGCAUCCCUGGGAUCCCACCCUGUCCUGCCUCUGAGUGCCUCUGGAGCCACCUGAGCCAUGUCCCACAGCCUGAGGAGGGGCUCUGCUGAUCCUUUGCACGGGGGACCUCCAGAAGGAAUUUGUUCUUCAUUUCUCAGCCUGCACUUUUUGCCUGGAGCUCAGCACAGGGUUCCUGCUCCAGGGGCUUCUGGAGUGUGUGUGUGUUCCCUCCUCACACACAGGCCCUGUCCCUGGUCAGGGGAGCUGCUCCCCUCCAUUGCCUUGUGCAGGGAGAGGCAGUGACGUGUCCCUGCUGCCCUGGCACCACUGCAGAGCCUGGCACACACCCACCCACACAGAGCUGCUGCUGUUCCGGGACGUGGCUGCGCUGGUGACCCGGCCCUGGGAGUUCCUGUUCCCAGGCUCUGCUGGCAGGGACUGCAGGGCUGCCUUGGCACCUUCACACAGCACCAGUGGGGUCAGCUGAAAGGAUGGAAAGGGCUGAUUCUAAACAGCCAGCCUGGUAGGAUCUGGAGAUGGGAGUGUGCCCUUAAUCCCCCUGGAGGUGGAAUGGCAGGCUUGGUGUAAGUGUAAACAUCCAGCCCAUCACAACCCAGUUUGAGUCACUCCUGUGUAUUAUUUGUGUGUUAGUUCAGGAUAAGAUAUGUUACUGUAUGAGGAAAAAAGAUCCUUCUGGGGGUCUUGGCAGUUGGCACCUGCUGUCAGAACCCUCCAUCAGGGGAUGAGCUGGGCUGUGUCAUCCUCUGGGGGAUCAGGCCCCACUGCCAACACCAGGACAGGGAUCUGCAGCUGCAGGUAAAGCUGAGCCUCUCUGUGCCCCUGGUUUGCUGUGCCAGUCCCUGGAGCUGGUGAUACAGACAGUCCUUCCCAAGGAUGCCAGUACCCUCCUGAGGGAUGUGGAGUGGCAAUAUCAUCUUCCACGUCAUCUGUAAAGAGCUGUUUGUGAUCCUGUGUUUUGUCCCACUGGCCACAGCGGAUCUGUGGCUUUCUGCAUCUUCCAUGGAAGUGUUUUUUAAUUCUCAUUGUGGAAACACAAGCCAAAGGCAACUGGAAACUUCUGUGGGCGAGUCAGCCUGCUAAUGGUAUCAUAUAUGGGAGCUGAGUGAGCAAAUGGGUGCUUUAAUGGCCAUGAACCUGACUGGGGUCAUCGUUACUCCCAGGUGAUCCUGCUGUGUAAUUGGCAGAGUUAACAGUAAGAUAACCUCUUACUGAGGCAGUGCAUGAUCUGUGAAAGAGCAGGAACCAGCAGCAGCUUUGGUUCAGAAAUAACUUCAGCCCAACCCACUGCCAGUCAGUGUGAGAAAUGUAAAGACUGGAAGGAAUAAACAUUAUGGACAUUAAAUGUAAAGAAUCCAUCUGAAGAGAAACCACAUUGCUGCUUUCCAUAGAUGUUUGGUAAAUAUUAAAGAACUAAUACAACCUAAACAUUCUUCACAGUAUUGUAUUGCUUUUGGAGUAUCCUUAGAAGUGGCAUAGGUAAGGACAGAUAAGACCCAUCACAAGUUGCCCUAUAUUCCCAGAGUGGGGACAGUAACUCAGUUAACUGGGCAUUCCAAUCUUCCUUCUUUAUCUCAGCAUCCCAGUGAACUGGUGAUUAGUCACAGCAGCAAUGGCCUAUAAACCUUUACAGGAGGGGCCUCUCCACCUGCACUGCUGAGCAGAGAGAGAGAGAGACCCCCAAGCACCUGAUGGAGCCGAGUGUUGGUCCUGUGUCCCCAAAUGUUGGCCCUGUGUCCCCAAGCGUUGGCCCUGUGUCCUGGAGUGGCCCCUGCUGUGCUUCACCCAGUCCAUACAGCCACACCCUCGGGCACAGCCCCUGCCCUGCUCCCCCUGUCCUGGGGAGUGUGUGUGGCCAGGUGGAGUUUUCCUCCCUGGUCACUCAGGGAUGUGUUGAGUUGUGCCUGGGGAACGUUCCUCACCUGGGGACACUGAGCUGUGGGAGCUGUGACAGCCAGGGACUGGGCACUGCCACCAUCCCCCUGGGCUCUGGCUCGGGAUCAGCUCAGAUGCACAUCAAGGGGUUCAAAAAGCUUCAAUAGAAAGUGUGGAGUUAUGAGAGAAUUUUUUUCUAAUUUAUAUUUUAGUGCUAAAUCUCUGUUGCAGCGAUAUAGUCACAGCUACAAGGUGCUCUUAAGGUGGAGCUGGUGCAGAGCUGGGAAUUCAAGGACAGGGAUCUUUGCCCUGACAUUUGAAAUGCCCUAAAAAGCUGACAGAUAAGCACAGCCAAGCAAGACCCCUGAGCACAGAUCCUGCUCCCUGUGCCCCUGUGCUGAGACCUGGCUGUGCUGGGUCCUCAGGUGGGGAUGGCUGAAGGAACCGAGCGAGUUUGGUGUUCCCCACCCCAGGGAACCAGGCUGGAGUCGUACCCAAAUGAGCUGAAGGGGCUGUGCUUUUUCUGCUGUGUAUUUCCUGUUGUUCUUUAAUAACACUAUUCCUGGAACUGGGCUGUGAUACCAAGUAACAACAACCUGAGCUGUCACAGGGCUGGGAGUCAGUGCCCUUUGGGAUCUUUACUGUUUCCCAGCAGAGUUCAGGCAUGUUUUCAUUUCCAGCUCCUUUACUCAGCUGCAACCCCUCCCUUUGCUUCUGCAGAGCUGUGAGUGAGGGGCAUCAGCAGCUUUCUGAAAAGAAAACAGAAGCCUGAGUAGCAGGCUUUGGACAUGGGCCUGGUAAUGUGGAGAAGGACAGGUUAUGUCCAGCAAUGCCCCUAAAUUCUGAGAUGUUAACGAGAGGAAAAAAAGGAAGCAACAUUAUCAAAAUAAUGAGGGGGAAUCCCAAAUCACUGAAGUGUGAUCGAUCAGCUGACAAACCUUGUGAAGAUAAAACACUCUGCCGACUGUGCCUCUGCUCUCAGCUGUGUUCAGAGGGAGCUGACAGCAUCCCACUCCUUUCAGAGAUCAAACUCAAGGGCAGGGCAGUGUGGCUGAGUCCGUCUGUGCUGCUCCAGCCAGGCUGAGUCUGCACUGCCCACGUGUGUCCGAGCACUCGGGCCCCUCUUUGCCCAUCCCACCUCAGUGGGAAGCUGAAGGCACAGCAGGUGCAUAAGGAGCUGGAAAUGUUGGCCCCAAGAGAGCCCCAGGGUUAGAGAGCUCAACCUGAGACAGACCAGUUUGGGGCCAAAACAUGAGAGUUUUGAAAGCAAAGACUGUAAGCUCUGAGGUCUCGGUGGGUGCUGGAGCAGCUCCUUGGAAAAGUGAGAAGGAUGUUACCCCAGCACUCUCCCCAGCUUUCAAGGUGGUUUCUGGCUGCUGCUGCCCAGGGAGGAGUCUCUGCCACCUCCUCUGCCUCUGUUAUCAGGUCCCUCUGAGGCUCUGCUACUUCAUGUGUGACAACCAGGCCUCGAGCACAGGAAUGUUUCUGGGGUUAAAGAUGUGAUUGAAUAAAAACAGAUGUUUCUGGAAAA